AUGAGGUAUAGGCGCUGUGAAAACCUCAACCACGCGCCAUUAAGGCUGUCAUUGCCCUGGCUCUCCAAGCAUGUGACAGAGUACAGGAUAGGGAAUGAGUGCUGCCCAUUGUGUCCUUCUGGGAGUCGGGUUGAAACAGACUGCACAGAGUUCAGAACUACAUCCUGUCAGCUUUGCUCAGCUGGGACUUACGUGGACGAGCCAAAUGGACUGAAGAGAUGCCCUCCAUGUUUUACCUGUGAUUCAGAAGCUGGUCUGAAGGUAAAGAGAGAAUGUGGACGGUAUGCAGACACUGUCUGUGAACCAAUGGAGGGAUUCUUCUGUACAGACCCUAAACCAGGAGGCUGUGGAGCAGCACAGAGACACAGGAGCUGUAAACCAGGACAGUUCAUCAGGAGGACAGGUUGGACAUCCUCUGCUUUUAACAUGACUGCUGACUUUAUAUUUAUAGUCAGACGAUAA